AAUGUCAACAAACAGAACAAAUGUCAAAAAUCUGUGUUUGGGAAGUUUGAAAUUUCCAGUAAUUUAUUAAAUUAUUUCUCAUAAAUUUAUAAUGUAGGCACAAUUUCUGUUACGGAUAACUAUAAAACAGUUAAAACAAUAAAAUGGAAAGUGGAAUUACGAAAGAAUUUACGCCGCCCAUUGCAGAAACGCAAAAUGUGGAUAACGCCGACUCUGCAGACUCCUUUCAGUCAUUCAUUUACGAAUUAUUUGAAAAGAAUGGUGUACUCAAUGACUUAAGGGCGUACUUACGUGGCCACAUUGUUAAUGUUAUCAAAAGUGCACAAACUGGAGACCCACACCCAUGUCAGAAACACUUCACGCAACGUUUGGAGCUAAAAUACCAAGCCGUCAACAUCCUAAUAGCUGAAUAUCUGAUGAGACUGGAAUUCAGCUACAGUUUUUCUGUAUUUGUAUCAGAAAUACCUUUAGCUAAUAUGGUAUUUGGAUUUGCCAAGGCUAUGAUGGAGCGGAGAUCUGAGAAUAAGAUGGAUAUGAGGUUCAAGGAGUCCGAUAUCUGGUCUAUACUUAACUACUUAGGCGUACAGUGUGACUCUGAGCAUGCAGCGAAUGUGGUGGAGAUGUACAAGAAUGACAAACAGAAUCCUCUGCUGCUCUGUAUACUCAAGUGUAUGCCCUUGUACAAGGAGAAUGUGGGGCUGCCACAGGUGUCAUCAGAAGAUACUCUAUCAAGUGUACAGUCAGUAGAAAGCAUUGAGAAGAGGCCUCAAAGUAAACCAACAGGCCUCCCCGACAAAUGUCGCCAUUACCUGUUCUGCAAGACUUGCCAGAACAAGAUGUACCGGCUCAAGGAAAUGUAUAAGAGGAAGAAGAAGUACAUAGCUAAGACUUGUAAAGAUAGUGCGAAUAUGAACCCUGCUAACCUGGCGAGUCUUGUAAACAACAUCAACGCUAUGGAGAAAAGCCUCAUUGAAGAGAUGUUCCAACAACUGAAGUGUGUGUACGAGACGGAGAUGGAAAUGGUAAAGAUUGAAGAAGAGAAGAAAGUGAAACGGUCGAUGGCCUCACACGCUAUCAAACUGCAGAAGAAACGGGAUGAGAUGGAGGAGAAGUUCAAGGCUCGCGAGUUGGAGUUGGAGCGUCGCGUGGCUGCGAAGAAGCAGUUCCUGUGGGGGCUGGCGCGGGCGCUGCGGACCCAGCACGCCAACAUGGCGCGCGCCAUGAGGGACGUCAAGUCCGAGACGCAUAGGCUCGAACUUAAGGAGGACAGUCUAAAAACCCAGCUAGCGGAAGCAGAACAGAUUCUAAAGAAACGCGGCGAAGAGAUGCGUCUACAGAUAUCAAACGAACUCACAGUCUUAGAGGGACACCUGGAAUCUAUGAAGAAAGAGAGAGAAGGCAUCACGAAAGAGAAGUCCGAAUUAGAAAAUAUGAAAACAGUACAAAAUACACCGAGCAAGGUCUUAAAAGACCAUGAUAUGGAAUCUCAGGAGGUCCAUUCUCACUAUGAUUUACUCAAGAAUGAGUUGGCAAUACUCAAGAAGUAUCUAGAAUCAUCGAAACUUUCUGCCAAGUGUGUCAUAGAAAGGGGAACGAUUACGGAGCCCAUGCAGUUUGAUUCCCAAGUUACUGUGACACUGAACAAUAGUCAGGGCAAUGACAAAUGUUCGAAAAGCGACGACGUUGAUGAUAAAGUGAAAACCAAUCAGCUCGUCAAUGAUUUCAGGAAGAAAAAUGUUAAUUUUAGUCAGUCGAAUUUAGACGAGCUCUACCGCGAGAGAAGUAGAGACCGCAGUCGGUCGUCGUUGUCGAGCGAGGCGGGGGACAAUGCGGCGCCCGAGCUGGACCUCGAGCGGGGACGGAACAGGGACCUCAUACAACGGCUGCGGGAGGAGAACGAUAGACUCAAGGCGUUUGCUAGACAGCAACGCUCCCACAUGGAGCACAUAGAGCGGGGCCCGGUCCCCCUGCAGGCGGGCGCGCGGCCCCGCACCGCGCCCCCCGCCGCCGUCACGCAUAUAUACAAUAGUGCGAGCGUGAACACUUUGAACGUGGGUUGGCGGAAGGGCGCGGGCGAGGAGCUGAGCAUCUUCAGCAACGCACAGCCGCGCAUACUGGUGCCCGGGGACACGCUGCCCUUCAUUGGGGUGCUCCGGGAUAGACAUGGGAAUGCUAGGAGGUCUCCAAUAGGGUCGCGGUCGGCUCGCUCCCGCGUCUGGCCCCUGGCCGGAGUGACCAAACGGGCCACCUCGCCGCUACGGGACAGGCUCAUUCUAGGUUCGCCCGGCAGCAGUGGGCAACACAUGAGCGGCGCGUCCGGCUCCCUGCAGCAAGACGACGACGCGUACAACUCGUCGCCGUGUGAACACCGGCCGCGCACUGCUAUGAGCUUAGAAAUGCACAGAGACAGAGACAAGAGUCCCAAGUCUGUACUCCGGGAGGCUAAGGAGAAACUACGGAGCCGUGACAGCGUAAUAAGCAGUCCUCCUGUACUGCCUCGUGAUAAAAGUCCCAAUGCAGUGCUGCGCGAGGCCAAGCAGCGCCUGCGCAAGUUGGAGAUAGAAGCCGAAGCCGUUGAGAAGUCAUACCUCGACUUCCGACGGAAGCAGUCUGAACUACGACUCGAGAGGAAUGCACGCAGGCAGCAAGAAGCAAGUGACGAAGUUGCUCAUACACUACUUGUCGUUCCAGACGUAAAAUCGAAACGAAGCCAAUCACUAAAGAAACUAGACGAGCCCAGCACCAAUGAGAGAGAACAACCACUGACAGACGUACACAAGUCCGUCCGCACCGACUUCGACAACUAUAUCCGCGAGUACAAGAACAAGUUCAACAUCGGCGAGACACACUUCCGAAGCAAACCUACUGUUGGGGAGAAAGUUAAACCCAUCCCCGGAGCAUACUCUAACUCUAAACAUAGCGACUGCAAGGAACAAAGUGAGCCUCAAGAGAAUUACCUUGAGCAGCCGCUCAUAGAGUUCAGGAAGCUAUACACGUCUGCCAGACACCUACGUCGGGAGGACGCCGACACCAAGUCCAACAGCAGGAGCCUUCACUCAGGGAACACCAGCGGCACCGAGGACUCCGCUCGACAGGAAGCCAUUAAAAAAGUCAAAAAUAAAAAACAAGCCGAACUAGAAAUACUGAAACAGAACCUUAGCAAGAUGUACAACUUGACCAAUGACAACCUCGAUUUCAACAUACUUGCGGACGCACCGGAACACGAGAACUGUCAGGAAGUCGCUCAGGUUGUAGAGGAGAAUGUACUGAGGGUGGAGGUGGAGAGCACGAGUGAACAGAACAACCUGAAGUCGAAGACGCAGGACUUGUUGCUUGUAGUGCAGAGCUCGGUGACGGCGCACGAGAUGACUCUAGCCUGCGGCGAGGCGGCGCCCGACGACGGUUCCCCGCAGGUCACCAUCGUCGUCAGCCCGGCCGGCAGCCGCCCGCGCCUCGCCCCGGCGGCCGAGGCAGGCCUGGCCGCGCGCUCGCCAUCAGCCGGCCUGAGCUCGCCAUCCCCACCUCCAUCGCGCCGCCGCCGCAGCAUAUCCCCCGAACAAGCCGCCCACCUCACCCGCAACGAUGUCCUCGACGCCAUCUUCCACGCAGACCCCGACCAACAGAUCUCUAGCGUCCAAAUGCAACUGGAACUUUCCAAAGAAGUUCUGGACGACUCAAACAGCGAUUACGGGAAGGGCGAGUAUGCGGACGACUUCUCAGCCGACGUGGACAACUACAACAGCCGGUCUGACUACGAGAAUAACUCGCCGAUAUCUCUGCCCAAGACGUCUGAGGACGAGAACUUCUGGGACUCGUAAAUUUGAACCUACUUUAUUUAUAACCUCUUGUUGUCGAGUAUACUAUGGGACCAGUACUUUAUAAA